GACGGGGCCCGGCCGCGCUUGGGUGCAGGCAGGAAGGGCAGCCCCGGGUAACGCAGCAAGGACAGCCCGGGUUUUGCUCAGUUUUGCUCGGUUUUUGCUCGGGUUUUGCUCCGUAACCGUGGCAACGGCGGGGGACGCGCCGAGCAGCGUGUGAUGCUGCGAGCUAGCGUUGGUCCCGAGCUCCAGCAUGUGCUGGGGUGUAAUUCCAGACCCCGGAGCAUCCCCGUUCCCGUCCUGGAGCGGGAAACCUGCCCUAACAGCUUGACCUUCAGUCUCCCUCCCUGACAGCAGAGCCCACCAUGCAGGCAGACUCUGUUCUCCACAGUGGUUACUUCCACCCCAUGCUGCGCUCCUGGCAGUGCACAGCCACCACCUUCGAUGCCUCCAACCUCAUCUACCCCAUCUUUGUCACUGACAGCCCUGAUGCCGUGGAGCAAAUUCCCAGCCUUCCUGGACAAGCCAGGUAUGGAGUGAACAAGCUGGAGGGGAUGCUGCGGCCCCUGGUCGAAGACGGCCUCAAGUGUGUGCUCAUCUUUGGGGUGCCCAGCAAGGUGCACAAGGAUGAGAGAGGCUCUGCUGCUGAUGCUGAGGGCACUCCUGCCAUCCAGGCCAUCAGGAAGAUCCACUCCACCUUCCCAGAGCUGCUGAUUGCCUGUGAUGUCUGCCUGUGUCCUUAUACCUCACACGGGCACUGUGGCAUCCUGCGUGAGGAUGGCACCAUCCAGAACGAGCUCAGCUGCCAGCGCCUGGCCGAGGUGGCACUGGCUUAUGCCAAAGCAGGAUGCCACAUCGUGGCCCCCUCGGACAUGAUGGACGGGCGCAUUGCAGCCAUAAAGCAGGCGCUGAUCUCCAACGACCUGGGCAACAAGGUCUCGGUGAUGAGCUACAGUGCCAAGUUUGCUUCGUGCUUCUAUGGCCCCUUCAGGGACGCGGCGCUGUCCAAACCGGCCUUUGGGGACCGGCGCUGUUACCAACUGCCCCCGGGCGCCCGCGGGCUGGCCCUGCGCGCUGUGGACCGGGACGUGCGGGAGGGCGCGGACACGCUGAUGGUGAAGCCGGGGAUGCCCUACCUGGACCUCGUGAGGGACGUCAAGGCUCGGCACCCCACGCACCCGCUGGCCGUGUACCACGUCUCGGGGGAGUUCGCCAUGCUGUGGCACGGGGCGCAGGCCGGCGCCUUCAGCCUGGAGGCGGCGGUGCAGGAGGCGAUCACGGCCUUCAGGCGCGCAGGGGCCGACAUCAUCAUCACCUACUUCACACCGCAGUUGCUGCGCUGGCUGCGGGAGGCGGCGGGCCAGCACUGAGCGCGGCCAUUGCGGCUGC